GGUACCCAAAUUCUCCUAUGAGGCUGAAUUUGAGCUACAACUGAAAAAUGAGGAGUUUGAGACAAGCGGAACACAUUUCAACCCUGGACCAAAGCUGAAAGGAGUCAUCCUUGAAGGUUUAGCCCAAGAAAUGGUGAAAUACACAAAAUACCCCAAAGACUAUCAGUGUGAAGAAGUUGCAGCCGCUUUGACCAGAGCUCAUCCUUGUUUGGGGCAGCUUGGAUCCAAGACAGGGUUUUGGGGAUGGAAACAGUCUCUGAAAUAUAAAAUGCAAAACUAUAGAACAAAGCUGGGGCGACUUGGACAUCCUGAGAUCCGCGUCAACUGCUUAAAGCACAAACGAGAAGGCCAAGGCAAAGCUGCAGCCAGCGUCAAGAAACCCAGAAAGGCUGAGAUUAAUUACAUUCCUCUCCAUCCUAAAGGUGAAACUGCAAAAAGCUUGGAGGAUGAGAGGAUUGCAUUGUUGUCAGAAGUACAGAAACGGGACAAUGAAGUGGUGAUAAGGGCAAAAAUGGAAAAAACCUUCUCUCAUAGAAGACUGGAGAUAGUGGAGCAGAGGCCAAUGGUAGCUGAGUUCAAGGACAGGUGGCCUGCCCUGUUUGAGCACCGUGAAGUGAAUGCAGAGUUCAUGCGACUGACCACCAAACCAUUGCAAUCGAAGUUCAUGUCCCAGCUGGACCAUUUCUCAGACAAACUGGUUCAGAUCUUCAGUGGCAAAGGAGGCGUAAAGGGUCAAAAGAUGAAGAAGGUCCUGGAAAUCGCUAAGUCGAGUGGCAACAUUGACACCAGGAGAGAGUGCAUCUUGAGAGGCCUGAUCAUCUACCUCAAUGAAGAUCCAGACUCUUUCUUUAAGGAAUAUCUGGACCCUGCUACUGAGAACGCAGAGUCAGAUAUCGGAGUUAUGGGGAUCUACAUAAUCCGACGAGAUGGAGAUGAGGAACCAGAGGAUGUCGGGAUUGUGAUCGAAGGCACCAAAGUCCUCAGCCAAGUGGGUAGUGUCAUAAUGGGAUUCAUCUUGACAUUUGGGCUCAUUUAUGCCCUUGAUCUAAGCUACCCGGAAAACCUGAAGUACACCUUCGAGUUUUGCCAGAAGAUCAUCAUGAAUCUGGAUGGGCACAAGCUGAAUACAAAAAUACAGCAGUUAAAAAUCAAGCUGUUUGCUGCAUAAAGAGAGGACAUUAAGGGACCUGUUUGUUUUGUUGCCACUCUUUGACCUCCCUCCUCACCAAAGAUUAACAGUAACUUCUCCCUGCCCAUUCUGGAAUUCUGAAACAGCUUGAUACUGCACAGACAGACAAGGGACUGUAUGGGAGUUUGUUGUUCUCCCGUUCUUCAAAGCAAUAGAAAUGUCAUGGGCACUGAUGAGUGUCUUCUCAUGCAAACUUUGAUUGUCAAAUGGAAAGUCCAGUUUCCAAAUUGUGUUACUCAGAUUUUAAGUUGAUGGACCUUAUAGCACUUUGAUGCACUUUUAUUUCUGCUCUGAAUUGGAAGAACUCCGCAUGUUGUAAACCAGGUUUUUACAGGUUAAGGUUUGAAUGGCUGUACGCCCUUUGGUAUAUUUGAACAGAUAAAGUCUGUGGUUUUGGUCUAAAAUAAUUAAAAAGGGAAAAGGACUGUUCAGACAUAUAUUUAGAUCUCCUUCUUUAUUGAGCCUUUCCUAUUAGUGACUCUUGGUUAUUGGAAAGCUGAAUGUCAAUUUUUUCAACAGUAAAAGAACUGGUAAGGUACUAUAUCCAGGGCACUGGGCAAGAAUAGCACACCUUGUAAAUUGUUUUAGCAAGGAAACCCUUACACAUGUUCAUGUUGAAAUGUUUUCAUGCAUUGAUGUCAUUGAAGACUUUACCGUUCUAUGUCAAUGUUUAUAAUAGCCUCAAAAGCACUUUGAAAUCUUUUGUAAGACUUAAGAAUAUUAAAACAUGACAUUGUCGUGAUUUCUCAGUUUGGUCAGCAGUUCAAUAGUUUUGUUCAGUGUGGUAUAGCUGGCAAACAAAGAUUGAACUGUCGUAAUGAUGAGAUAAUGUAAAUAUGUAUAAUUUUGUGUUAUUCUAAUCUAAAAUGUUCCCAGAUAUUUUGAGCAAAGAUUCUGUCAGGUGCUUUGCAGCUUACACCCAUUGUACAAUUUUAGUACAACUGUAAGACUGUCCCAAGCAAUAGCAGCAUUAUCCAUAUUUUUAUUAGAAAUGGGUAUGUCUGUAAAUGCAUAAUUUCAAAAUCGUCCACUGUUUUAGUGUUAAUUUUUUUUUAAAAACGGGUGGACCUGCACUGUCAUGUUAUUGUUGCAUGUGGCAAUUCAAUAAAAAUGAAGUAAAUACAAAGUUCUGUGUAAUGUCAUUUCAGCUGGGGGGAAUCAAAUGAAAGAUUUGAUUUAAUUUAAAAUAGAUUUCAUU